CAGGGCGAGGAUGAGUCUGUUUGGAUCAACAUCAGGGUUCGGUGCUGGAGCAACCAGCAUGUUUGGCAGCACGACUGCAGACAACCAUAACCCAAUGAAGGAUAUUGAAGUAACAUCUCCACCUGAUGACAGCAUAUCUUGUUUAGCAUUUAGUCCGCCGACAUUGCCGGGUAAUUUCCUCAUUGCAGGGUCAUGGGCAAAUGAUGUUCGCUGCUGGGAAGUGCAAGAUAAUGGACAGACAAUUCCAAAGGCUCAGCAGAUGCACACAGGGCCUGUGCUAGAUGGCUGCUGGAGUGAUGAUGGGAGUAAAGUAUUUACUGCCUCCUGUGAUAAAACUGCCAAAAUGUGGGAUCUCAACAGUAAUCAAGCUAUUCAGAUUGCACAACAUGAUGCUCCUGUGAAAACUAUCCAUUGGAUUAAAGCACCAAAUUACAGCUGUGUGAUGACAGGAAGCUGGGAUAAAACAUUGAAGUUCUGGGAUACCCGUUCACCAACACCGAUGAUGACACUGCAGCUCCCUGAGAGAUGUUACUGUGCAGAUGUGGUUUAUCCUAUGGCUGCUGUGGCCACUGCAGAAAGGGGCUUGAUAGUGUAUCAGUUAGAGAAUCAACCUUCUGAAUUUAGAAGAAUAGAAUCUCCUCUUAAACACCAGCAUCGCUGCGUUGCUAUUUUUAAAGACAAAGUGAACAAACCUACUGGAUUUGCCCUUGGAAGUAUUGAAGGGAGAGUAGCUAUUCAUUAUAUCAACCCCCCAAAUCCUGCAAAAGAUAAUUUCACUUUUAAAUGUCAUCGCUCCAAUGGAACAAACACAUCAGCACCUCAGGAUAUCUAUGCUGUAAAUGGGAUAGCAUUUCACCCUGUCCACGGUACACUUGCAACAGUGGGAUCUGAUGGUAGAUUCAGCUUUUGGGAUAAAGAUGCACGGACAAAGCUAAAAACCUCAGAACAACUCGACCAGCCGAUAUCUGCGUGUUGCUUCAACCAUAAUGGCAAUAUAUUUGCAUAUUCUUCCAGUUACGAUUGGUCAAAGGGCCAUGAAUUUUAUAACCCACAAAAGAAAAACUACAUAUUUCUGCGAAAUGCAGCAGAAGAGUUAAAGCCAAGGAAUAAGAAGUAGUGAGUAU